GUGGAGGGGGAGUGCCGAGGACAGAGUCAGCGGAGAAGACAAUCCAUGACAACACCAUCUUCUCCUUGUUGCUGCUGGGGUACACACCUGCUGGGGCUCCCCAAAAUCCACCAGCAGAUCGCAGUCUAGGAGUUAGGAGGACCUUUGCCAUAGUAGAUCACAGGAGUUAGAAGGAGUCGGAUCAUUGCCAUAGAAGAUCAUAGGAUUUAGGAGGACCAUUGCCAUAGAAGAUCAUAGGAGGACCAGUAGAUCAUAGGGGUUAGGGGACCAGUAGAUCAUAGGGGUUAGGAGGACCAGUAGAUCAUAGGGGUUGGAGGACCAUUGCCAUAGUAGAUCACAGGAGUUAGAAGGAGUCGGAUCAUUGCCAUAGAAGAUCAUAGGGGUUAGGAGGACCAGUAGAUCAUAGGGGUUAGGAGGACCAGUAGAUCAUAGGAGUUAGGAGGACCAGUAGAUCAUAGGGGUUAGGAGGACCAGUAGAUCAUAGGGGUUAGGAGGACCAGUAGAUCAUAGGGGUUAGGAGGACCAGUAGAUCAUAGGGGUUAGGAGGACCAGUAGAUCAUAGGGGUUAGGAGCUCAGUAGAUCAUAGGGUUUAGGAGGACCAUUGCCAUAGUAGAUCAUAGGAGGAGGACCAUUGCCAUAGUAGAUCAUAGGAGGAGGACCAUUGCCAUAGAAGAUCACAUCGCGGCUAUGCUCCAAUCCUGAUCUUCUUCUCCAUCAUUGAACGUCUUCCUUGUAUAAGGGCUUUGCUCCUGUAUACUCCGGAUCCGAGCUCCUCUCUGCUUUGUACACAGAGUCAGGCAUCAUGUCCAGGGUGGCCAAGUACCGGCGCCAGGUGAGCGAGGACCCGGACAUAGACAACCUGUUGUCCACCCUGUCCGCGGAGGAGAUGGAGCAGCUGCACAAGGAGCUGGAUGCUGGGGACCCGGAUGCCGGCGUGUCUGCGGGGCUCCGCAGGGACCAGACCGAGAAAGCAUCCAAUCAGAGGGAGGCGGAGAGGGAGAAACAGGCACAGGCAACCAAGAGUGAAAAAUCUCCACAGAAGACACAAGAAGAGAAAAAGAAGGAAGAAAGGGGAAAAGAGCCUGGUACCGCAGGCCUAAGCAAAACACCAGAAGACAGCAAAGCUAUGGCAAAAAAAGACACAGACAAAGCAAGGGAUGAUCGAGUUAGCAAAAUGAGGGAGAGAUUUAGACAAGAAAAGAAUAUUAGUGCAGUGGAUAAGGAGAAGCUGGAAAAGACACCCUCUAAAAAACAGGAAGAAGAAAAGAGUGCAAAGCAGACAUCGAAGGAAAAAGUAGUAAAGGAAAGCACUGAAGAGAAAACAGAGAAGGUUGUUGAAAAGUCAGAAAAGAAGGAAAUGGCAAAGCUUCAGUCUGAAAAUAAACUGGAUAAAAAAGUAACUCCAGACAAAACUCAGGAGAAACAAGAUAAAGCAGAAAGCGUCCAAGCUAAUAAAAAUAUUUCAGAGGAGAAGCCACCAGCUGAACAGGAAAAGAAGAAUGCAAAGAAUUCAACCCAACAGAAGACUGAAAAUGGAGCUAAGAACACAACAGAAGAGAAUAAGGAUGAUGAGGCUUCAAAAAUCUUUGAUGAACUUCUAGAGAAAGUGAAAAACAAUGAACCAGAAUUGAUAGAGCUCAACCUGAACAAUUCAGAGUGUAUAACCAUAGACACCUUAAUGAGUUUUACAGAGGCUCUAGAGUUCAAUACCAUAGUUAAGAUAUUUUCAUUAGCGAACACACGUGCUGAUGACCACAUUGCUUUGGCCAUUGCUGUUUUGCUCAAAUCUAACAAGACCAUUCUUAGCAUCAAUCUGGACUCCAACCACAUUACAGGCAAAGGUAUACAGGCUAUUUUCCGAGCUUUGCAGCACAAUGAUACACUUACAGAACUACGCUUUCAUAAUCAGCGUCACAUAUGUGGAGGGAAAACUGAGAUGGAGAUAGCAAAGAUUCUAAAGGAGAACACUACUAUUUUAAAACUUGGGUACCAUUUUGAGCUAGCUGGUCCCCGCAUGACUGUCACUAAUUUGCUGAGUCGCAACAUGGACAAGCAAAGGCAACGUAGAAUGGCAGAACAGAAAGCAUUAAAGGAGGCUGAGGGCAAGAAGAAUUGUUUAGAAGUUCCCAAGGUAGUUCCUCCCCCAAAAGAGCCCCCAAAACCAGCAAAAUCAGUUCCAAGCAAGGGCAAAAAGGAUGCCCCCAAAAAGGGUGGGGUACCUGCCCCACCUCCUCCACCUCCACCAAUGGCACCCUUGGCACCCCCUCUGGAAAACAUUAGGAACUCUUUGUCCCCUGCAUCUCGAAGAAAGAUAGAAGAAAAGGCAGGACCCGCAGAGAAGAACACAAGAGACAAGCUUUUGGAAUCAAUUAGGACAAGUAAUGUCAAACAGCUAAAAAAGGUGGAGGUGCCAAAAUGGCUGAGGUAAAAAGAAGCGCGAAGCAUACCAAAGGGAGCAUCUUUUUCUCGAUAUGAACAUCUUAAGCAUACCCAUUUGUUUUUCUAAAUCCACACCUGUUUUUUAUGCUUCUUAGGGGCUAAUUACUGUCUUGGCUGCCUUGGCUACCCAACAUUCCUUAUAAGCGCGUUUCCUUAUUACCGUAUUUCUUGGGGGGGUUUGACGGCUGUUUACCAGAGACAAGAAAAGGAUAUAACAGGAGCUAAUAUCAUGAUCAGGAUCUCUUGGAAGUUAAAAUGAGUAGUAUUUUUUAAUAAAGCAUUAGAUUUUAAUUUUAUGAAACAUUAAUGCAAUAUAUUUUUCCAGCCCUAAAACAAUGGAGGAAAAAAAAGUGAAUUUUUAGUAGCACAUAGACUGAAUGAAGGUUUUCUGCAAUGAUGCUGUCCCAUUUAUUUUAAGCUUUUUUUAUUAAUAUGAAUAUUGGCUGGGAUGGGAGGGCCUGAAGGCAGCAAUAGUUUACAUACCCUUAAUACAAAUAUUUACUAAUGGCAUGCAGAGCUUCCAAGUACGAAACCCAAUAGUUUGUUAUUUUAGAAAACAGACAGGAUCAAGAAGGGAUCAGUGAGAAACGGGAAUCAUUGUUCCAAAGAUAUACUCGAGAUUGUAGUGCUGUGCAAUCACAUAUGUCAAUAAAUCAGAAGCCAUUUUUAAUCACCUUAGGUUGAUCAUAUAAGGGCUAUUUAAACACUAAUAUGAAUCUUAAAAGAUGCUUUUUCACCUAACAAGUCCAUAAACACUUAGGGCCAGAUCCACAGAACAAUUACGCCGGUGUAUCUACAAAACAAGAUACGACGGCAUC